AUGCAAUGGAUCCCUGAGCCUCCAAGUGAAUGGUAUAUUGGCGAAAUUAUAAAAAUUAGAUUUCGUAUCAGCGCUGUUUCUGAGUUUUAUGGACAAGCACAAGCACUUAAUGUAUUUUCACGAAUUCCAUUGGUGAGCUCCAGCAACGAUGCAUCAUCAUUUUGUUCUGCUGGAGUUUGUAAAAUAUUCCAAGUUGAAAACACCUGCUGUAUAUGGCAUAUGAGUGUGUUUAUGAACAAAUUACCCUCACAGAGUGAAGAGUUUUCGUCAGAAGUUUGUAAAUUUGAUCAUUUCAAUAAUGUAACUACACCAGUUUACUCUGGUUCAUCAUUAAAUUCGGAAUGGAAUGUUCUGGUUCCCAAUGUCACAAUUCCAGGAAUCUACCUAUUAUUUGUUCGUAUACUGGUUGGAAGAUUUCAAGGAAGUUUGGUUAAAAAAGUAACAAUUACCGAUUCAAACCCGUAUAUUGAAUCAACUGCAGUAACAGCACUACAAAUAACUGAAAUCAUUCUAAUUGUUUUGGCUUGUAUAUUAUUGAUAGCUCUUGCAUCUGGAAUGUUAUAUUUUUAUAAAAAAAAAUUGAAACAAAAUGAGAUUGUUGAGGAGACGUGGCAAAUUGAUCCAGAUACUAUUUGUGAUAUUGACCCGGAGGAUCAAUGGUUUAAGUUAUUCUUGUCCCGUUCAACUACUUGUUCUCUUGCAAUGAUACUUUUAACACUGAUUUCUUUAAGUAGUGUUACUUUAAGUGCAUAUAAUGAAGGCAGUUAG